AUUCUAGCACCGAUAUGGCCCAUUGUAGUCAAGAAAAGGCUGAUCGAUUAAGAGAUAAUACACUGGGCUUCUUCGCGCGAAGUUUUCGAUGCAUUAUAUCGCGUAUGGCCUUCGCGCGGCUUCCAUACAAUCGGAAGAAACGAGCCCCGAAUGCACCUACAUGACAUGGAGGUGGAUAAGGUUAAGUUUUACGUCUUGCUAUCAAGAACUUGAAGUUUGGACCAUUUUUCCGCUUUCAGGAAAUUUCGGUGACAAGUGCCAUACGCAUGAUCAAAAAUGGCUUCACAGCCCUUUGCACGAGGUCUUAAAAGGCCCAAUUCUGUUAUUGCGAUCGUAUUAACUGAAGUUCCUAUCGCAGUAUUAACAUGUCUUCAGACGACAACGAUGACUACUCUGAUGAUGACCUUUUUGGAUCACCUACUUCACUGACUGACGACGACAACGACGAUGUAAACGAUGAUGAAGAAGACGACGUUGAUGAGUACCCCGAGGACGAUGACGAUGAUAAUGAUGAUGGUGGUGCGGCGCCUUUCGCUACGGCUGCCAUGCCUGUUUCUCGGGCAUUGGCUGCACCUCGUGCUGCAAUUGCCCCAGUCAGAAACCCUUGUGAUUGGUGCCACGCAAAGAGUAAGUUUGUAGACAAAGGAUCAUCUUUACCUUACUGUGGCAAGACUUGUGCGCACAAAGCAAGGGGCGCUACUGAUCUCGAAACUCCUACCCUCUGUAUCAUUCCUGGAUGUCCCAAGAAAGUCUGGUCGCCUCCAAGCGGUCCGAAGAGCAAGUAUUGCGGUAAAACGCACUUACAAUUAGGCAAGGUUGCUUGUUUGUGGUGUCGCAAGAGGAAAAAAGCUGGGCAGCACAACUUCUGCUCAGUAAGUUGUGCUAGUAUGGCCGAAGCUCUGGCUCCAUUCUUGAUCGAAAUGUACAAAGGACAUGUAACAUAUGACAGUGUUGCACGCCAAUUUAACUCAAAAUGGCUUCAUCCACCAGCCCCUGGCAAGCAGAAAGGGACAGCGAAAAAAAUAUACAAGAUCGUCGAAAAACCCGCAUUCCGAGCAUCUUAUGACAAAUAUAGGGCUGCUCUGGAAGCAAAAGGUCACUUUAAAGGCAAAAAUGGUAUGUCGGCGGGAAAUGAACGUCGUCGCUGGCAUGGCACUGCUAGGAACUGUCAUCUUGGGGACCAGAAUCAGCUUCAGUUGUGCAACCUUCCGGUCUGUCCGAUUUGUAGCAUCACCAGGACCUCUUUUGAUUUGAAGUACUUCACCAAGUGGGGAAGGUUUGGAAAGGGUAUCUAUACUUCUGCGACAUCAUCCAAAUCGAAUGACUAUAUCACAGGCACCACGGUGCCAUACAAAGCGAUCUUUUUGGCAAGCGUAGCUGUAGGAAGGGCAUCUAUACAGUACACUGAUAAUCCGAACCUUACUCAGCCUCCUCCUGGAUACGACUCGGUCAUUGGACAACCUAAGCAAGGGGGUUCGCUCAAUUAUGACGAGUUGAUAGUAUAUACGAAUGAUGCUAUCCGGCCUUCCUAUGUUGUGAUGUAUGCCCAGUAAUUUGCAGAGUUGUAUUUUGUCAAAUGUACGAAUACUGAAGUUGUUGUUGAAUGGAUAUCGCUGCUGCAAUUAGUUCCCUUGUC